CUGCCUGCGUCGGCGGGAUGGGGGCGGGAAUGUAAGGUGUGUAGACAGUCCCCGUGUGGUAGAGAAGGGAGGGUAUUGGAGAUCGAAAGGAAGCAGACUCGGGGGGAGCCAAUGCCCAGCGCAGAGCAGGACAUGGAGGAGCGUGGCUCUCCCGACGGGGACCCUGCGUGGAAUCUGGAGCAGGGGUCAGAGAGGCCGGAAACGCCCAUCCAAGUGGUGCUCAGGGUGCGUCCCAUGAACGCGGCCGAGCUGCGUCGAGGGGAGCAGACCGCACUGCACUGCUCGGGGACCCGGACUUUGCAGGUGAGCCCCCCGGGCGGGGGCCCCGACGUGGCGUUCCGCUUCGGCGCGGUGCUGGACGGGGCACGCACGCAGGAGGACGUGUUCCGGGCGUGCGGCGUGCGGCGGCUGGGCGAGCUGGCUCUGCGCGGGUUCUCCUGCACCGUCUUCACCUUUGGCCAGACGGGCUCCGGCAAGACCUAUACGCUGACCGGACCGCCGCCCCAGGGGGAGGGGGUGCCUGUACCCCCCAGCCUGGAGGGCAUCAUGCAGAGGACUUUCGCCUGGCUGUUAGACCGCGUGCAGCAUCUGGGUGUCCCAGUCACCCUCCGCGCCUCCUACCUGGAGAUCUACAAUGAGCAGGUUCGGGACUUGCUGAGCCUGGGGUCUCCCCGGCCCCUCCCUGUUCGCUGGAAUAAGACCCGGGGCUUCCACGUGGAGCAGCUGCGCGUGGUGGAGUUCCGCAGUCUGGAGACCCUGAUGGACCUUCUUCAGAUGGGUCUCAGCCGGAGAAGGAAAUCAGCCCACACCCUGAACCAGGCCUCCAGCCGAAGCCACGCCCUGCUCACCCUCUACAUAGGCCGCCCAGCCCCCCAGCAGAUGCCUCCCAUGGACCCCGGGGAGCCCCCUGCUGGUGGGAAGCUGUGCUUUGUGGACCUGGCUGGCAGUGAGAAGGUGGCAGCCACAGGAUCCCGUGGGGAGCUGAUGCUGGAAGCCAACAGCAUCAACCGCAGCCUGCUGGCCCUGGGCCACUGCAUCUCCCUGCUGCUGGACCCGCAGCGGAAGCAGAGCCACAUUCCUUUUCGGGACAGCAAGCUCACCAAGUUGCUGGCGGAUUCGCUGGGGGGGCGUGGGGUCACCCUCAUGGUGGCCUGCGUGUCCCCCUCAGCCCAGUGCCUCCCUGAGACUCUCAGCACCCUGCGAUAUGCAAGCCGGGCCCAGCGAGUCACCACCCGGCCUCAGGCCCCCAAGGAUGACGCAGUGUGCGCUGCCUGCUCGCUCCAGCAGCGUGCGAGGCUGUCCCCUGUGGCAAAGCAGCCCCAGCGUUUGGAGACUGAGAUGCUACAGCUCCAGGAGGAGAACCGUCGCCUGCAGCUCCAGCUGGACCAAAUGGACCCCAAGGGCCCAGCCCUCCGCGAGGCCCGGGUGGCCUGGGCCCAGCGGAACCUCUAUGGGAUGCUGCAGGAGUUCAUGCUGGAGAACGAGAGGCUCAGGAAAGAAAUAAGCCAGCUGCAGAGUAGCCGGGACCUGGCCCGGGAUGAGCAGCGCGUCCUUUCCCAGCAGGUCCUCGAGCUGCAGAGGCGCCUCCUGUCCGCCCGCUCCCUCCACCAGCGGGACCCCGCCCCUGCCCCACCCUGUUCCUGCCUGAUGGUGCCGGUCGCCCCCUGCCACGCACUGCCACCCCUCUGCUCCUGUCCCUACUGCCACCUGUGCCCUCUGUGCCGAGCGCCUCUGGCCCGCUGGGCCUGCCCACAGAGGGAGCACCACCUGCCGCAGGUAGGAGAGGCUGGGAGGCCUGGAGACCUGGAUCUGGAGGUGCCAGGUCCUGCGGCCCCAGCUGGCUUGCCCCUGUCUGCCCGGCCCCCCGCCUGGGCACCCCCGUGCAGCCCUGGCUCUGCCCAGUGCCCAGGAGAGAGGAGCCACGGCGACUGGACUCAGGCCCGAGGCUGGGCAGAGACGCUGACUGGGGAGGAGGUGGUGCCCUCUGCACCCCCACUGCCCGUGGGGGCCCCGAAGACGCCAGUGCUGAAAGGUGGGGUCGGGGCCCCAAACCUUGCCCAGAGACUGGAGGCCCUCAGGCACCAGAUCGGCAGCUCCCUGCGACUCGGCCAGGGCCAGCCACCCGCCAGCAAGGGUGCUCAGAGCCCGAAGGACGUCCUCCCUCCCUGCUGAAGUCUGCCGUGUCCCAAGGGCUGGCUCUGCACUCUAGAGCUUCGGUCGCCCCGGUCUGGGAUGCGGCUACUCCACCUGCAGUGGACUGGGCAGAGAACACCGGCAAGGCUGGGGCACGUCUGGAGGGACAGAUAGAGGAUGCUGCCCCUGAAAUGAGACCGUCCUGAGAAGCCAGGCAACGGGUGAUGAAACGCAUGAAUAAAGAGAGGUGUCG